AUCGUUAUAUUAAAUUUUCUGGAGGCGAGAGCCAUUAAUUAAAUAAGAAGAAGAAGAAGAUACACGAAUCAUCUUCAGCAUGUCCUUGACAAACUUGUUACCUGCCCCUACUCAAGUGUUGUGGGAUAGGGAGGAUGAGGCUCGCGAACAAAAAUUACGGCAAAGACCGGUUUCAGCGCUGGUUAAAGCCGUUGUUACGGCACCACCUUAUGGGCAGCGACGAGGAUGGAUACCACGCAAUCCAGAAGACUUUGGAGAUGGAGGAGCUUUUGCCGAAAUUCAUGUGGCACAGUAUCCACUUGGAAUGGGGAUAAAGGGCAAGGAAUCUACAAGCAAUGCCUUAGCAAUACAACUCGACGCUCAAGGAAAAGUAAAGUAUGAUCUUAUAGCAAGACAGGGUCAUAGCAAAGAUAAAAUUGUCUAUAGCAAGUUGAGUGAUUUGCUACCAUCAGAAAUUACAAAUGAGGAAGAUCCUACCUUGCAACGACCUCUGGAUGAUGAAAUUGAUGAACUCACAGAUAAAACAAAAAAAGCGUUAGAAAAGAUAACGAGAUCAAAGAUUGCAGCAGCUAUGCCUGUAAGAUGCGCAGAGAAACAAGCUCCGGCUCAGUAUAUACGUUACACACCGUCACAACAAGGACAAUCCUUCAAUUCAGGCGCAAAGCAAAGAGUUAUCAGAAUGGUGGAGGCACAAAUUGAUCCUCUGGAACCACCAAAAUUCAAAAUUAAUAAAAAGAUUCCGCGAGGACCUCCAUCUCCUCCAGCGCCUGUUAUGCAUUCUCCCACGAGAAAAGUAACGGUAAAGGAACAAAAAGAAUGGAAAAUUCCACCAUGCAUAAGCAACUGGAAAAAUGCAAAAGGUUACACCAUUCCCUUAGACAAACGUCUCGCUGCAGACGGUCGAGGGCUACAACAGGUUCAUAUUAAUGAGAAUUUUGCCAAGUUGGCAGAAGCUCUUUACAUCGCGGACAGAAAAGCUCGGCAAGCUGUCGAAAUGCGAGCGCAAUUAGAAAAGAAAUUGGCUCAAAAAGAGAAAGAGAAGAAGGAAGAUCAUUUGAGGCAACUCGCGCAAAAAGCUCGAGAAGAGCGCGCUGGCUUGAAAUCUGCAGCAACGUUAGAUAAAUCUGAAGAAUCACGUGAGAGAGAUCAACUUAGACAAGAACGGCACAAGGAUCGCGCUCGCGAACGUAAUUUAGCUCGCGCUGCACCUGAUAAACGUUCUCGUUUGCAACGCGAACGCGAGCGCGACAUUAGCGAACAAAUUGCACUCGGUUUACCAGCAAAAAGCGUUCCUAAUACGGGAGAAGCGCAGUUUGAUCAACGUCUUUUUAAUACCAGCAAAGGGAUGGAUAGCGGUUACGGACAUGACGACGAGUAUAAUGUCUACGAUAAGCCGUGGAGGGAUGGCAAUUCUAUUGCUUCGCACGUUUACCGUCCUAGCAAAAAUAUUGACAAAGACACGUAUGGAGACGAUUUGGAGAAAUUGAUUAAAACAAACAGAUUCGUUCCUGACAAGGAAUUUAGUGGAGUCGAUAGAUCGGUUACGCGAUCGGGACCAGUACAGUUUGAGAAAGAUGAAGAAGAUCCUUUCGGUCUGGAUCAGUUCUUGAAACAGGCAAAGCGCGCCAGUAGCUCGACUACCACAACAACAAAGCGCAAAGAACAAAGCGAACGGGAACAACGCAGAGACGAUCGUGAUAAACGUAGAAAGCAUUAAGUAUGCUUAAUAUACUUUCUCAUAUAUCAGGCGAGAUAUUCUUAAAAGUUUAUUUUACGUUAUGACAAAAAAAAGAUUAAAAACGUAAGACAUG